AUGGGUACAGAAUUAAGACCAUGUGAAGAUACAGGAGAAGAUGACCAUCUACAAGCUAAGAGAGACACCUCAGAAGAAACCAAUCCUGCCAGCACCUUGAUCUUGGGACUGCUAGCCUCUGAAACUGGGGUGUCAUUGGUGUUGUGCAGGAGCACGGACAGAGACUGGGAGACGGCGUCCGCCACGUCCUCCCUUGCCUCGGUGGCCGAGUACACAGGUCCCAAGCUGUUUAAGGAGCUUAGCAGCAAAUCAAACAAACCGAUUAUUCACAAUGCUAUAUCCCAUUGCUGUCUGGCCAGAAAGGUGAAUGAACCUCACAAGAAUUCAAUAUUAGAGGAGCUGGAGAAGUGUGACGCGAAUCACUACAUCAUACUGUUUCGUGACGCCGGCUGCCAGUUCAGGGCACUUUAUUGCUACUAUCCCGACACUGAAGAAAUCUACAAACUGACUGGCACGGGGCCAAAGAGCAUCACCAAGAAGAUGAUCGACAAACUUUAUAAAUACAGCUCAGACCGAAAACAGUUCAACCUGAUCCCGGCCAAAACCAUGUCCGUCAGUGUGGACGCGCUCACCAUUCAUAACCACUUGUGGCAGCCCAAGCGGCCCUCGGUGCCAAAGAAGACGCAGACUCGGAAAUGACCCCGGUGCGGCAGGAGCCUGAGGACGCGCCAGCUGGCUCGAUAUUUAUUAUUUUCCUCCUUUUGGGUACGAAGUGUGCAAAGUCACAGACCUUUUUCAAAGAGGCUUCUAGACAGCACAAGAAAACCCUCCCUUAGGUCCCAGCACACAGGACGGCAGGUGGAGCCGGAGUGAGGACUCAGCCCCGUUCCCAGCGGCUCGCGGCCGCCGUG